GUACCUUAAGAUUAGGCCACCUGUUCAAAUAUGUGUCCCAUUUUCAAACGUUUUCUUGUUCCUUCAUUCAUACCUUUUACUUUCCACCAUUGAAGAAAAGCAAAGAACCCCUUUUCACAUUCCCAAUUUCCAAUCUCAGGUCCAAUUUUAAACUUCCAAAAAAAAAAAAAAAAAAAAAAAAAUAUCAAAUACAUCAAGAAUUAUAGGGCAAAAUCCAUGGCAAAAUUUUUCAUCCCAUCACCUUUGAAUUCUGGUGAUGUUUAUUAUCAUCACCUUAUUAAUCAACAUAGGAUUUGGGCUUUUCCCAAGAAAUCGAAUUGUAUAAAUUCCAAUUCAUUUGGGAUUUCAUUAUCAGCAAGUAAUAAUAUUUUUGGUCGUAAUAUUUCCCUAAGAGGACCCUUAAGCAUGCCCAAAUUCAAUAUAAGAAAUCCCAGAUCAGCAGCUGUCAGUGCCCAGAUGAGCAUUGGAAUCAGGAAAGCUCCAAAAUGGUGGGAGAAAGGUCUUCAGCCUAACAUGAAAGAAGUGACUGGUGCCCAAGACCUUGUUGACUCCCUCGUAAAUGCCGGCGACAAACUUGUGAUUGUUGAUUUCUUUUCCCCUGGCUGUGGAGGCUGCAAAGCCCUUCAUCCAAAGAUAUGUCAGUUAGCAGAGAUGAAUCCGGAUGUGCAGUUUUUGCAUGUGAACUAUGAGGAACACAAGUCGAUGUGUUACUCUCUGAAUGUACAUGUUCUCCCAUUUUUCCGUUUCUAUAGAGGGGCUCAAGGUCGUCUCUGUAGCUUUAGCUGUACCAAUGCCACGAUCAAGAAAUUCAAAGAUGCAUUGGCAAAGUAUGGUGCAGAUUGUUGCAGCCUUGGACCAGCUAAAGGGCUUGAGGAGAAAGAGCUACUCGCACUAGCAGCUAACAAGGAUCUCUCUUUUGCUUACACACCAAAACAAGAAGAACGAGUACUUGUUGCCUUACAAGAAGAUAUGACGAACAAAACAAGCAGAACACCUUCAUCUCAUCCAAAUGCAUUUCCCCCUUUACCACUUCCUCUUCCCCUUGCAUCAACUUCACAUAAGGUGAAACAGGGCUCAAAGAGUGAAGUUUGCUAAGAAAAUGGAUGUUGGCCUUAGUCAAACCCAAAAGUUAGUUCAUGACUUGAAAAUUGUUCAAGACCAUAUAAGGACAAAAUAAUCCAGUCUCCCAAUCGACGUGAGACAUUCUAACAACCCCUAGCACACCCACAACCGGACAUAUGGAGCGUGGAUUCUAUAGAAUGGGGAGCAAAUGUUGAGUAAAUCAGAAAAAAGAUCUAGCUCUAAUACCAUGUUAAAAAGUGGCAUCGGACCCAACUCGAACCCAAAAGAUUAGCUCUUGUUGUGAGGAUUCCCAGGAACUUAUAUAAGAGAUAAUAGUUCAUUCUCCCAACCAAUGUGAGAUAUUCUAACAAAGUCUUUCCCACUUACCGUGGAUGAUAUUAGUACAUCUAUUUUGUGUUUUCUUAUGUACAUAAUGCUGUUGUAGAGGAUAUGAAAAUGAUAUAUGUACUAUGAAAGAUGUGAUUUUUCUACAUA